GCAGGCUGCGUCUACAGGUGGUUUACGAUCUUUACUCGCUAUUUGACGUUAUUGAAGUUUUUGAAGUUUCCGCAAAACAGUUGGAACGACGUCAACGGAUGCGCCGUGUCCCAUGGCUUUUCAAACUCAGCGGUACACUGUUUUCGGAUUUUCACAGGAACUGGACUGGAGACCUUUGUACUUUGCCGAGCCCGUUCCGGCGCACAGAAUAUGCGACGGAUGUGGUUUGCUGCCCAGAGUGACCGUCUUUCUGCCGUGUCGACACGUGCUGUGCAAAACCUGCUACGAGCAGUGCGUGGUCGACGACCAGCACUCCUGCCCACUGGACGGUGACGCUUUUCUUGAUGAAGAUGUUCAGUGGGGAGACUUUCCUUUGGAGAACCUGUUGAAGCGGAAGGUCCACUGCUGGAAUAAGGAAUACGGUUGCGAGAGUGUGGUGGCUGCUUCAGAGAUCUGCAAGCACUUUCACCAGGAUUGUGACCACCAUUCCACCUGUUGUCCUCGCUGCGCAGCCGUCGUCCGCCGUCGCAGCGUGCGGGCACAUCUGCGAAGCAACUGCCAAGACUACGUCGCUUUUAACAAAGGUGCCGGACCGGAGACGACGAGAUGCAAUGAUCAGCAAGCAAUAUUGUUGGCUUUGAAGGCAACCGUUGAAGAGAGGGUGGGCGAAAUGAAAGAGAGACUUGACAGUUUGUCUUGUGAAAAUAGAGUGCAAAUUGAUAGAACCAACGAGCUGCACCACUGUAUAAACACAUUGAAAGAAAUGUUGCCACAGCCAUCGGAAAACACCACCAGCCAGGAUGCUACUCCCCAGUCUACAAAUGACAUGCCUACUAUUCAAGGAGACAAUAAUAAUUUGGUCGCAGAAGCUGAUGUGCCCUUCAACAGAAGCCAACUUGUAGAAGAAAUGAGCACUUUAAACGAAGCACUGAACAAAGCUAUGAAUGCGGAAGCCCAGAAGACAUCAGAAAUGUUGCAAAAGAAUGAGCGUGUCAUGAACAACCUCCAUGAGCAAUUGAAACUACAGUUAUCGUCGGAUCUUAAGAGUAUUUCCUGCAGUGUAAGCAGACUGAGCGAGACUUUUGGAAAAGAACUCGAUCGAGCCAUAAAGAGAAUAGGUGAAAAUAUGACCACAUAUGAAGCUCGCGUGGCUGCCAUGAAAGAAUGUGAUAAGAAAGUAACAGACCAACAACUGAAACUUCUUGCAUUCGGCACUAAAAAUUUGAAGCGUUAUACAUUUUUUAUCAAUGGAGUCAAGUCGCUGAAAAGAUUGGCGCUGGAAGAUGGCUCUCAGACUUACUAUGCCGACCGGAUAUACCUCUCUGGCUACUGCAUGUCGCCAGCUAUUUAUAUUAAAAAAAGUGGCAACUCAGUGCAGCUGUACACGUGCAUUCAGCUCCACAAGGGAGUAAUUGACGAAUUUCUACCAUGGCCUUUCCAUAAAUCCACACGGCUGAGUGUCACAAAUGAAUCGACAGAUAAACAGUGUCAGCUUGUGAAUACACCUUGCCAGGGUCUCGAAUAUUUUGGUCGACCUGCCACGUCAAGUAACCGAACAGCAUACUUUCCCGAUUCUUCGCUUCUCUUGGAAGAUCUUGAACGGGACGGUUACGUGGUGAACGAUAAGCUGCACAUUACAUGGGAACUUUUGCACCCAAGGCCUUGAAAUUAAUGCAAGCUGGUGCCUUUUCACCAUUCCUCUGUCGGUGUAGCGCAAGAUGGCAGUAAAUACAUGUUGCUUAGUUCCCAAAUGCAGAUAUCAUGCCUUAGUCGAUGACAGUAAGUGACUGCGGAAUAAAGCAACCUGUCUGUAUUUGCCUUUUAUUUUUUUACUUUAUGAAAAUUUGUAAAGUAUUGCAUCAAUAGUAAAGUCUUGUUU